GCUUGGCGAUCCCAGCGCCACCGCUAUUUGCACACCCCAUCAUUGUGUCGCCCAUUUUGCCGACUUCAGUUGCCUACUGACUCUGUGAGAGAGAAGGUCGUUUCGAAACGCUUCUCAAGACCAAGAACAACUCAAAACAUUUCCCGAGAAGAAAGGAAACAUUUUUCGGCUUCUACCAACUUUUGUUUUUUUUGAUUUCCUCCUUUUUUUUUUCGUUUUGUGUGUUUAAAAGGCAAAAGAAAUUUAGUCUGUGGAUUAAUUUCAACAUAACAUCUAGUGAUACUGUGUUCAUCGUUUUUCGUGUUUCAAGUGUGUCCAACGCAGAAAAUUCGUGUCUUCUUUUUUUUGUUCUUCUAUUGUGUUUGUGGUUCCCAGAAAAAAAAAGUUCUUUUUUUCUGUCCUCGAGACACACGUACUACACACCCUCGACUCUCCAUCCCCCGCCAUAGGCCCCCAUUUUUCGUGCUGUCUGGCAGCCAUUUGUAAAAGAAAGAAAAAGAAGGGCCCCCAACGAGAAACGGAGAGAAAAGAAGCUCCCUAGGCACAUUGGGGGAGAGAGGACUGGCAUUUUAGCCUCGACAUACACAAUACACAAUGUCGGCUUUGUGUGCGUUUCCUCCAUUAAUUCCGGCCGGCGGAGGUGUUUAUUCAGCCGGUUACAUGGCUGACGUCAGCAGCAGCAAUUCGAAUCGCAGCAGCUCUUUCUCUGCUUAUUCCAACGCGAUGGCGACAUCACAACAGUCUCGAAUCUCUUCGGCAUCUAUUCCGGCUUACGGAAGCACUUUUGGUGCCUUUCACCAGCAACCAACAACGGCCGUUGGCGCUGGCAAAUCGACCGUCAUGAAAAUGACUCAACCCGAAUCCGCUUGGUCGUCACGAACAACGUCAUCAACGACAGUGGAUGUGCCUCCGGCUGCCAAACGACGAUGCACCGAUAAGAUGCGUUCGACGACGGCAGCAGUCUGGUCUGAUCAACACGCUCAAAUUUGGCCGUCGUCAGCCUCGUCCAUUCCGUCCAGUGUUUGCCCGUCUGGUUGCACCAUGUGUCACAUGCAACAGCAGCAGCAGCAACAACAACAACAUUAUCCGUCGUUGAAUGGAUUCCAACAGGCGUACGAUUGCAGACGGCCAUUGCAAGAGAAACAUCAGAAUCGCGAGGAAUCGUUAGUGGCCAGCAACAUGGCGGCCGUUGGCCAUUUGAAAUCUGCAAUGAAAUCAGCUGAUACGACGACCACCGUGCGGAUGCCAAAUGUCAAUCGGAGCCUGUCGGUGGAUCCGAAGAAGGAUUAUUCGGCGCCGUUGCACGUUGAUUGCAGCGUUGAAUACGACUUGCCACGGAUCGUGCGUCCGCCACCCGGCGCCCAGCCGCUCCUGAUCCUCGCUCCUCCUCGUCCGUCUGCUGUGACGUCGUUGGCCACGCCUACUGUUGGCUAUCAUCCGUCGACGUGGACGACGACGGCCAACUCGCUGUCCCAUCCGCCCCAGUGGAAUCACCAACAGCAGGGGGUAGGCACUCGUAUCAAAAGUGACAAGCCAUCCGCCGCAUCCGUCAAGACUCAUCCGGCAGCCAUUCAGCAACAACAGAAACUCAACUCUACGAUUUCAGGUGCCAUCCGGAAUUCCACCGGUGGAGGAGUUCCAUGCGGAUGCCCGUCUUGUUGUUUGGCGGCUCGUCCCGGUCCUCCUCCCAAUGUUUAUGCGGGGCCAACGGGCGGCGGCGGCGGCGCGGGUUGGAUGAACCAACAUUGGAGUCCUCCGGCCGGCGCCACCGCCUCUUCCGCCGGAUUCAAUUACGCCCCACCACAACAGCAACAACAGCAGCAACAACAACAACAACAGCCCACUUACCAGAUGGCCGCUUUUCACAAUAUCGAUCCGCAACAGCAACAACCGCAACCGCAGACGGUGAUCAAUAGGCGCCGGAAGCGUUCACCCGAAGUGAUUCCAUCGUCUGGUGGUGGCAUGUCUACCACGUCCGAUAAAAUGCAGCGACUCUAUUCGACGGCCCAAUGGAUGCCGAAUCCAUCGUCGAUUCAGGCCGCGGCCGAAGCGGCUUUUGUGGCCGCUGCAGCCGCUGCUGCGGCCGCCGCAAGUCACCGUUACGUCACGUCCUCACCAGCCUGGAUGCAUGCAUCCGCUCAGCCUCUCAAGUUUCACUGCUGAAAAAACAACAAUGUUUUGAUGGAAUCGCCAUUCCCUUUUUUUCACCCGACCAUAUUUUUUUUUCUUUUGUUAGGCGGCCGCCAUGUUUUUUUUUUCUUUGUCAGCGACGUUUUUCCUCAGAAAACAAAACAAAAAAAAAAUAGUUUUUUUUUUUUCAAAAUCAAAGGCUGAUUACUGUGUUAGUUGGUUUCUCUUUCAAUGUGAUGCUUAUUCCGUUUUUUUUUUCAUUCUUUUUUUUCAAAACUUUUUAAUUCCUUGAAACACGCCCCGUUUUACCCAAACACUUCGGAUUCCCGCAUCAGUUUUUUUUUUUAAAUAUGUGUGUUUGUGCGUGUGUGUGUUAUCCUUGUCGUCCAUCAGCAAUCCAGCGUCAUCGAAUCAUCCUACCCUCAUUUUUUUUUUUUUUUUUUAAAGAACCCAUAUUUUUUUUUUCUCUCGUGUGUUUUAUCGUCCACUAGUUUGUGAGGGUAGGAAUCAAGAGGAAAAUUUUGUUUUUGGAUUUUCGGCGCUGGAUUUGUCAUUUUCAUUCACGAAAAAAAAAAAAAGAAGUGGGAGAAAACGACAACAUUCUUUUUCCGUUUCCCUGUUUUGUGUGUGUAUGAAACGAAACAAGCGAAAAUCCCUUUCCGGCUUGUGUCCGAUUGUUAUAGGCUCAUUUGUCAACGCGAAAAUGGCGGCCUACACACACACACGACAGACGUGAAACUCUAAAAAAAAAAAAAAAAAAAAGGGAAAAAAAAAACUUUAUAUCUCUGACGUGCCUCUUCUAUACAUAACAUACUACAAUUUUUACCACAUAGGUCUAUAUAUACAUAAAUAUAUAUAUCUAUAUAUCUAUUUUCGAAUGUUUUCAAAAAAAAGGAAACCCAUUUUUAGUCGAGUUGUAAAAACUGGAGAAAAAAAAACAAAUUUGGACGACUCGUUUCUUUUUUCCCCGUCGUUGUUUCUCAUUUCCUUGUCGUCAUCCUACUUUCCACCCCACGUUUUUUUUUUUUUGUCUUUUGAUUCACGCAUAUUUAUGAGUUUGAAUGUUGCAUAGGAAAACGCGGGCUGGCAUUCAGCUACGCUGUCUUUUUUUUUUCCCCGUGUGUGUGUGUGACUUUUUGUGUGUGUAUGACGAAAAAAUAAUUUUUUUUUUUUUUUCGGAUCCUUUUGCUAGUCCUUUGAAUUUUACACGCCAUCUUUUCUCACCUGGAAUGAGGAGGGAUGCACCCCCCCAUGUUAUUUUCUGAUGUCACACGCGUUUUCUUCUUUCCCUCUUUUUUAUUGUUUGAUCCUCAGGGGCCGUGUAUUUUUGGAUGUGUUCGGUCGUCUUUUUUUUUUUUGUUUUUUUAAUGCGAUUGCAGUAUUCGUUUUUGUUUUUUUUUGACGAAGACAGUCUUCCUGUUCGAUCAGUUGAACCUCCUUGUAUGUUUUCCCUUUUUCUUUUUUGAAAUGUAGGAGAUGCAAAAAAAAUUGACAACAGAAAAAGAAAAAUGGGUUCAUCGAACGUGCGGGCAAAGUCACGUGACUAGUCGCAUUUCCCCUCCCCCUUUCCUUAAACGGAACACACACACACACACACACGCUGGAAAAAAAAAGUCUUUUACACACGGAAAUGGAGGGAAAUAUUUUUAGCCUUUAAAUAUAAAAGAAAUUCCUAAAAAUUAACAAAAAAAAUAUAAUUUUUUCUUUUUUUCUGAUAUGGUCACGAUGGAUUUUGCUCCUUUCCGAUACAUCAUUUUCAAUAGCGCUUAUAUUUUCAUUUGUCCCCCCCCCUCUCUCUGUGUCGUUGUAAAAUCAAUCAAUUUGUGCUUGUAACUGUGAUAUAUUAAAAAAGAAAGAAUUGAUCGAGUUUUUUUUUUUUGCUGGAUUGGCCCCCCCCCUCCCUCAUCUCUUGUGUGUGUGUGUGUGUGUAUGUGAAUUAAACAAAAAACACUACAUCUUUAAUAUGGAUCAUACACGAUUAUUUUUCAUGUCAA